CGCGAUAAUCUAUCCACGCAGGACGCCGGCUCGAACGAACCUGCAGCCAUAGCUAGACAUGUACGGUUAAAAACCCCAGACGCAGCAGCAGCAGCAGCAGCAUGCUGGAUUGCUGAUUGAUUCGUACGUUUGAUCACUCACUCAUCGGCGGUAGGAAGAAAGAUCGCAGCAGAUCACUCCGGCGGGCGAGUGGAUCGAUCGAUGGGGGCGCUGGCGGCGACGAUCGCGUCGCGGCUGCCGUCGGGGGUGUCGGCGGCGCUGGCGGCGGUGGCGGCGAGCCCGGGGGAGGUGGCGCGGAGGGCGGCGGGGCUGGAGGAGGAGCUGCGGGAGCUGGUGGGGCUGCGAGGGCGGGGAGGCGGCGCGGAGCAGGGGCAGGGCGGGGAUGGCGAUGGGAAGAUGACGCGGGAGAGGUUCGUGCGCGCGUACGAGCGGCUCAAGAGCGAGCUGCUCAACGACCGCGCCUUCAACUUCGACUUCACCCCAGAGACCAGGCAGUGGGUCGCCAAGAUGAUGGACUACAACGUGCCAGGAGGGAAACUGAACCGAGGGCUCUCCGUGGUCGACAGCUACAUGCUGCUGAGACAAGGAACGGAGGUUGACGACGAAGAUUUCUACCUCGCCUGCGUGCUCGGCUGGUGCGUCGAAUGGCUGCAAGCGUCAGCCCUCGUGCUCGAUGACAUCACGGACAACGCCUACACGAGGCGAGACAACCUCUGCUGGUACAAGCUACCAACGGUUGGUUUGUCUGCUAUAAACGAUGGCGUGCUGCUCAAGUGCCAUGUCCAGGCAAUCAUCAAGAGAUACUUCAAGGAGAAGUUCUACUUCCUGGACCUCAUGGAGCUAUGGAACGAGAUAGGCUUGCAGACUGCAAUGGGGCAGAUGUUGGAUCUCAUCACCACUCAUACUGGCGCCAAAGAUCUUGCAAGAUAUAGAAUUCAAGGGUACCGUCGCAUUGUCAAGUACAAGACGUCAUACUAUUCUUUCUAUCUGCCGGUUGCCUGUGCAUUACUCUUGAAUGGUGUGAGACUGAGCGACUACGUUGAGCUGAAAAAUGUACUCAUCGAAAUGGGUGUGUACUUUCAGAUACAGGAUGACUACUUGGAUUGCUUUGGCGACCCUGAAGUGAUUGGCAAGGUUGGAACAGACAUUGAAGAUUACAAAUGCUCCUGGCUAAUUGUUCAAGCUAUGGAACUCGCUAAUGAGAGUGAGAUGAAAAUACUAUACGAGAACUAUGGUAAAUCUGACCCAAAAUGUGUUGCGGAAGUGAAGAACGUAUACAGGGAGCUUGAUCUUCAGGACAUAUUUUUGGAGUACGAGUCAAGAGUUUACAAGCACCUGGUUUCGACCAUAGAUGCCGAGCAGGAUCGUGCGAUUCGGGAUAUUUUGAAGUCGUUUCUGAAGAAGAUUUACAGGAGGAAGAAGUAGAACCUCUCCAGAAUGUUACAUAUCAUGCAUACCCUGAUACUUUUUACAAAAAAAAAUGGACAAAAAAGAAAGUGACAUCUGGACCUGAGAGAGGAUCCUCUCAUGCAUGCAUAUGGGCAAAAUAAAAACUAUAUAAUGUGUUGCAAUGUAACAUUAAUAAUAUGCAAUACAAUGUUCCUCCUAUAGUAUGGAGAAGUUUUUUUUUGUAAAGAAAACAGUAUUUUGGUGAACGUUUUUCGUACAAUGGUAUGUGCAUAUAGUUUUUGUACAUAAACCCGUAA